AUGGGAAGUAAAGCGUUGAAGGCGCGUCAAAGGUGCUGGCCAAAUCUAAGUGAGGCCUUUGGAAUAGGCUUGGAGGACGGCGAUGGCUAUGAUGAUUGGGAUGACCUAGCAACAAAGCUGAAUGCGCUUAAUGGCCUGGUCGUGGAGGAAGUUGAGGUUGGUAUUGUGCAAAUCACGAGGAUCCUUUCGUUCACAUCUGGGGCGACUCAAGAUGGAGGUGAAAAAGAAGAAGCUCGUAAAUCAAGCAAGGAGUGGUCAACAUCUAGCAGCACAGAUAUCUUCCUUAAUGGCGACUGGAAUACAACGAAGCGCGCUUCGGAUGGCCUGCUGUCAAAAGAAGAUAUCAUCACCGAGCGUGACCAUCUGCAAGAGAAAGUCUGUGAUGGUACAGAACAACCACUCCAGAAGCCUCUCAAGAAUAAGAAAGAGAUGCUCCUGGACUACAUGUUCGAUGAAAAGACUGAAUACGGCUUCGAGUCGGCUGUGGCGUACAGACCAACUGGGUAUCGCUGCUCGUCAAGUGUCAGGGUUGCAACAGAGACAGCAGCGACGAUUUUGAGGGAACCCCCAUCCAAGAAGCAAAAAAUCGAUGCUGCUGGCGAGCUGCAGUCAUGCACACUUGCAACUGAAGGUAGCUCCAUACCAAAGCUCUCGGCGCUCCAACCACAUGGAGACAAAUGA